CAGAUUCAUGGAUUUCAUAUAUUUAUGUAGACCGGAUAUAGGACUUAGCAAACCCUGCCUCUUCCUUUCUGGACAAGAAUCGCCGGCCAACAUGGCUCCGAUUAAGAAGCAGGUCGUCAAAAAGACCAAGACGGGUGGCAAGAAGAAGAAGCAGGCCCUGAAGUUCACCCUGGACUGCACUCACCCAGUGGAGGAUGGCAUCAUGGAUGCUGCCAACUUUGAACAGUUCCUGCAGGAGCGCAUCAAGGUCAACGGUAAAGCUGGGAACUUGGGUGGUGGCGUGGUGUCCAUUGAAAGGAGCAAGAGCAAAAUCUCUGUGAAUUCUGAGGUGCCAUUCUCCAAAAGGUACUUGAAAUACCUGACCAAGAAGUACCUGAAGAAGAACAACCUGAGGGACUGGCUGCGUGUGGUGGCCAACACCAAGGAGAGUUAUGAACUGCGAUACUUCCAGAUCAACCAGGAUGAGGAAGAGGAGGAGGACGAAGAUUAAAUCCAUGCUUUCUUUUGUCAAUAAAGUGUCUAAAGAACAAAA